AUGCUAGCUAAGCACGGUCAAGACAUAGACGGGACGGACGGCCAUAAACGACCAUCCCACUACACGGAGGAUCCAUCCCAUGACAAGCGCGAGAAACACAAAUGUCCCGGGAUAGAGGUUUCCCGCACAUUUCCAAGCAGCUAUGUGAAAGCUCAGAAACAUGGAAAUGACGGAAGGAUUAAAAUAAGAGAUUUUAAUUCUCAAGUACGACGGGACGAAACCCUCCAGUCAAGGAAACGUACGAAACCCUCCGUACAGGGAAACGUACGAAACCUUCUGCAAGAGGAAACGUAG